CGGGGGUCGCGUAGCAGCGCGCCGGGGCCGGGCGGGGGCAGGAGAUCCCUCGGGCCUCCCAGCUCUCCGUCGGCGGCGGCUCACGGCCUCGAAGAGCGAUGUUUGUGUUGUGAGAGGAGGAAGGGGAAAAGAUGGGCCACUGGGAGAACCUCCCUGGAAAGAGUGACCCAACGCCAGCCCUGCCUCUGCGCCGCUCAGGGAGGAAUUCUGCCGCGGAAGGGUUCUGGCACCGGUGAUGAGCGAUGGGGUAUGAUGUAGCACGCUUUCAGGGGGACGUUGAUGAAGACCUUAUCUGCCCCAUCUGCAGCGGGGUCCUGGAGGAGCCGGUUCAGGCUCCUCACUGUGAGCACGCCUUCUGCAAUGCCUGCAUCACGCAGUGGUUCUCCCAGCAGCAGACCUGCCCCGUGGACCGCAGCGUGGUGACGGUUGCCCACCUCCGCCCCGUGCCGCGCAUCAUGCGCAACAUGCUCUCCAAGCUGCAGAUCACCUGUGACAAUGCUGUGUUUGGCUGCACGGCCGUCGUGCGACUGGACAACCUGAUGUCUCACCUCAACGACUGCGAGCACAACCCCAAGCGCCCCGUGACCUGCGAGCAGGGAUGCGGCUUGGAAAUGCCCAAGGACGAGCUGCCAAACCACAACUGCAUCAAGCAUUUAAGAUCGGUGGUGCAGCAGCAGCAGACCAGGAUUGCUGAGCUGGAGAAGACCUCAGCAGAGCACAAGCAUCAGCUGGCAGAGCAGAAACGCGACAUCCAGCUGCUGAAGGCCUACAUGCGAGCCAUCCGCAGCGUCAACCCCAACCUGCAGAACCUGGAGGAGACCAUCGAGUACAACGAGAUCCUGGAGUGGGUGAACUCCCUGCAGCCCGCCCGCGUGACGCGGUGGGGAGGGAUGAUCUCCACGCCGGACGCCGUGCUGCAGGCCGUCAUCAAACGCUCGCUGGUGGAGAGCGGCUGCCCCACGUCCAUCAUCAACGAGCUGAUUGAGAACGCCCACGAGCGGAACUGGCCGCAGGGCCUGGCGACGCUGGAGACUCGUCAGAUGAACCGGCGUUACUACGAGAACUACGUGGCCAAACGCAUCCCCGGCAAGCAGGCCGUGGUGGUGAUGGCCUGCGAGAACCAGCACAUGGGUGAGGACAUGGUGCUGGAGCCGGGGCUGGUGAUGAUCUUUGCACACGGAGUGGAGGAAAUAUAAAGGACGUUGGAAGAGUGAUGCUUUGUGCUGAGGAGGGGGACGGGGCCGAGGCCCAGCCUGGAUGCUCCCCGCGGCCGGGCUCGGCUCAGAGCUCCGCUGGCUGCUGCACCUCCUGCCCGAAAUGAUUCCACGCCCCCCGCAACCGCUGCAUCCACCCCAGCCUGCCCCUGUUUGCCCUCUGCAGCUCCAUUUUCCCACUUGGUGUCUUCAGGGGGGCAGAGGAGGUCCAGCUGCUCCCCAGCUCCUGCUGGACUUCCACCCCCUCGGCUGCUCCCCCCGGCUCACGCUGUGCCUACGGCCCCCGGCUGCCCCCCUCCCUUUGCUCCGUGUUUUCUGCCCUGUGCUUGGCUGUGUCUGUCCCUGGGGGCCGGGCUCGGCCUCUCUUUCCCCAUUGACCCUGAAGGCAGAACUGGGCGCCCUGGGCCGGGGGGAGCCGCGGCAGAGGAGGGAGCGGGCAGGGGGGGGGCCUGGCACCGGCGUGGAGCGGCUACGCGAGCCCCCUCUGCCCCCUGCUGCUCCUCUGCGGCCGCUCGCGAUCGUGGUUCUGUAUUAUUUUGUACUUCUUGGCCUUCUGCCCUGCCUCCUCCCCCCGUUUUAUUUUGGAGCGCCGCGGCUGGGUGCGUUGACCCCGGUCACGGCCACCCUGUGGGAAUUUAAUUUAUUUGCAGUCGUUUCGUUGUUUGUUUUUUUUUUUACGGUCCUUUCCCGUCCCCCGGUGUCUGUACGAUGCGGUUCCGGGGCUCCCCCCGCCCCCGGGGGGGGUCAGUGAUCAAUAAACGCUGUUCUGGUU